AGAAGAAGGAGAAGAUUGAUUUCCCCCGCUCUUUUCAGGUGACAGGGUUAAGUCUGUUCAUGAGGCUUGCCACCUUUGCAAAGCUGGUCCUGGUGUUACCCCACUCCAAUGCAGAUGCAGAGAGAGAGACUAAAACCAGGAACAGCCUGGCUCUGGAUGGAACCCUGUCAUCAAUAAUGACAAUAAAGAUGGCUGGCCUGGAGUCCUGCUUCACGUGGGAGCCCUCCCCAGAAAUCAUCAAGGCCUCAAAAAAGGCCACAGACAAGAUGAACAUAAUUCUGCUGAUCGCCGUCAUGCUCACUCUUUCCGUUGUUGAUGGGAACAAUCAGCCUUGUCUGUGGAACCCUAACAACAACGCGUACAACCAAUUUGUUCGGAGACACAUCAUCCAAGAACCCUUUAACAGACUAUCAUGGGUGGACUGGCAAAACUACAUAAGGAGGCACAGACUCAGAAACAGACCCAGGCAGUCCUUCAUCGAGGGCAGGGAUGUGGGACGUGUCAGGUACAUCUGCAAUGGCGGUGGCUACCCCAUUUUGCCUCCUCAACCAGGUAACUUAUGCAUGAGCUCCUCUACCUUGCUGGUGUAUGAUCUCACAGUCAACAACAACGGCAGAGUUACAAGUCUCAUGCAAAAACAAAAAAAAGUGAUUGUUGCUUGUGAUAAGGUUGUGAAUCGGUGCCGUCCUGUCCAUUUUGAGAGGUACCGCGGGCAAAGGCCAGACAAACGAGCUGGACCCUGCAUGCCUUAGACACUGCUUAGAACAGGCAAAAGCUUUUUUUUUUUCUUUUCUUUUUUUUACUGUUAACUGAUUUGUUUCUUGAAACUUAAUCAUCACCUAACCUCAAAGUUUAGAGUCCAGUUGUGUAUAUAAAACUGUUUGGUGUCCUUUUCCCUGAUGAGGUCAAUUCAUACGAUUGUCUACUAUGGUGGGUUUUGGUCUCCACACCUCAUGACUAACGUUCGCUAUUUUAUGUCAAGAUGACGUUGGCAUGAGACUUUUGGAAGAUUUGCAUUACUUAACGACACACCUUGAAACCAACCAAAUUUCAAUGCCAUCUGUCCUCAGUAUUCUACAUGAAGCUGUCCUGACAAUAGAAUUUUGGUCACCUGACAUCACAACCUAAAUUCAAUCAAAUAUCAACAUCUAACAUCAGUGUCCAGCUGAGGUUGGUGUAAAUGCCCUUCAUUUUGUCAAAAUAAAAGUCCUCUGCUACUUUAAUGUUUUUAUUGGCAAAUGCACAUGGUUUAAAUAUUAAUGGACACGUCACCUGUCAAUAUCUACACCUGUGUUAAACUGUUUGGUAUCCUUUUUCAUGAUGAGGUCAGUUCUAUCACUCUGUAUAAUCCUCUUAUUGUGAAACUAACUAUAUAUAUCUCCAUGUACUUUCUCCAUGACAUGAUCUGUUGUGAAGCUGUAUUAGAAUCCUGUUUGUUUUGCUUUUGUUUAUAAUCAAAUAAAUGGCUUACAGCUGC